CUCUUCCUCUUCCUCUUCCUCUUCUCUGAACCCGCCAUGGCCCAAACCAUUGCCAUAACCCACACCCCUUAAAGCCUCUAAUGGGCAAAGCCUUCAAAUGGUUCCGCAGCCUCCUCGGUCUCAAAAAACCCCACCCACAUACACCCAACAAUCCUAAUUCCAAUAAGCUCAACCCCAAAUGCCACUUCGCCAAAUCCUACAAGGACAACACCAAGCCCCGUCACCAUGACUCCACCGCCUCCAAUCCCGACCACCAUGCCGUCGCCAUCGCUGCCGCCUCCGCUGCAGUUGCCGAAGCCGCCGUCGCCGCCGCCCAUGCCGCAGCUGCCGUCGUCAAGCUCACCAAUAGUGGACGGGCCGCCCAUGCCUUUCACGAGGCUGAGUGGGCCGCCAUCAAAAUCCAGGCGGCAUUCCGUGGAUUUCUGGCAAGGAAGGCAUUGAGAGCUCUACGAGGGUUGGUGAAACUUCAGGCUUUGGUUCGAGGCCAUAUCGAGAGGAAGCGGACAGCUGAAUGGAUACAGAGGAUGCAAGCGUUACUCAGAGCACAGGCACGGGCUCGAUCAGGACGGAGUCAAUGUUACGAAGUUUCGCAUUCGGAUAUCAAAUCGUCUAGUUUCUCUACUCUUGAUCCUGCCACGCCGGAGAAAUUUGAACACAGCCCACAUACAAGGAGCACUAGGUUUAAACAGAUGCAGAGGAGUGGCUCGAGAUUUACAACUAUUGAUGUUGAAAAAAUUGAUAGAAUCCUUGAAAUCGAGAAUGAGAAAACUCAGUUUAAGUUGAAACCCAAGAGCCUGUUUAGCUCCAUCAAGCUUGCUCUGUCUUCUGAACUGCCUUCAUCAAAAGAGUCUGAAACUCAAUGUCCAUUUAAAUUCUCUCAUGAAGUUGAGGAGAGCUCUUUCUUUUCUGUCUCAUCAAGGGGUGCUAGUACGAAGAAAAGCCCGUUCACCCCGACCAAGAGCGACAGUACGAGGAGCUAUUUCAGUGGCGACUUGGAGUAUCCGAGCUACAUGGCCUGUACUGAAUCUUCAAGAGCUAAAAUGAGAUCAUAUAGUGCUCCGAGACAGCGCCCACAGUACGAGAGAUCGAGUUCUGCUAAGCGGGGUUCUGCAUAUGGCGUUGGGGAAUCAAGAUUGACUCCACAGCAAGUAUCAACAUUGCAGUCCAAUUUUGUUGGGAAAGCUUAUCCUGGUUCAGGUCGACUCGACCAACUCGGGAUGCCUGUGGGUUACAGAUACUGACGCCUUCUAAUAUCUCACUUUUCUUACCGCUCUUCUACUUCACAAUAGUUGCUUACUUAUAUCAGUAGUCUUAAUAAUGAACUUUGAGACCGGAGGUCUGCCAAGUUUACAAUCCUAGAACUAGAAAGACAUAUCAUUGUUCUUAGAAUUUUCAUGAUGGUAGCUUCCAUUUACAUGGUAGUAAUCUAUGUUCUGUUCUGUUUCUACUG